ACUAUUAGCUAGAAAGCAUCAACAUCUAAAUGAAAGGAUUAUCAAAAAACAAAAACAUCACAAUGAAAGAUCUCUCAACUACACGUACUAUGAUUUUCCACUAUAAAUAGACCCUCCUUGCUAGCAUUCCAACAAAGCACUAAACUAAAGCAUACAUAUCCCUAGCUUUAUUUUUUUCUUUCACAUUGUCGAAAGAUGGCCAAAUUUCAUAAACAUGUAAUACUAAGUGUCUUUUUAGUGUUGAUGAUAGGAAUAGCUGAGUGCCGCAAACUCAAAAAAGAAGAAUCCCUAGAAGGCAUUGGAGGUGGAGGAGGUUUUGGAAAAAGACGUGGUGGUGGUAAAGGUGGAGGAAAUGGAGGGGGUAAUGGUGGAGGCCAUGGAGGAGGUGGAGGUGGAUCCGGUGGAAAAUUUGGAGAAAGUGGUGUUGGCGGUGGUGGCCACGGAGUCGGAGGUGGUGCUGGAGGUGGUGGCAGUGUAGGAGGAGGAGUUGGUGCUGGUGGAGCCCAUGGAGUCGGUGGUGGUGCUGGAGGUGGUGGCGGUGUAGGAGUUGGAGGGGGUGCUGAUGGUGGAGUCGGAGGUGGAGUUGGUGGAGGCCACGGGGUUGGUGGUGGUACUGGUGGAGGCCAUGGAGUUGGUGGAGGAGUUGGAGGUGGUGCUGGUGGAGGCCACAAAGUCGGUGGUGGCGGUGUAGGAGUUGGAGGUGGUGCUGAUGGUGGCGUUGGUGGAGGCCACGGGGUGGGUGGUGGUGCUGGUGGAGGCCAUGGAUUCGGAGGCGGUGUAGGAGGAGGAGUUGGAGGUGGUGUUGGUGGUGGAGCUGGAGGUGGAGUUGGUGGAGGCCACGGAGUCGGUGGUGGUGCUGGAGGCGGAGUCGGUGGUGGAGAUGGUGUUGGAGGUGGUGCUGGUGGUGGAGUUGGUGGAGGUCACGGGGUCGGUGUUGGUGCUGAUGGAGGCCAUGGAGUCGGAGGCGGUGUAGGAGGAGGAGUUGGAGGUGGUAUUGGUGGUGGAGCCGGAGGUGGAGUUGGUGGAGGCCACGGAGGCGGAGUCGGUGGUGGAGAUGGUGUUGGAGGUGGUGCUGGUGGUGGAGUUGGUGGAGGCCACGGGGUCGGUGUUGGUGCUGGUGGAGGCCAUGGAGUCGGAGGCGGUGUAGGAGGAGGAGUUGGAGGUGGUAUUGGUGGUGGAGCCGGAGGUGGAGUUGGUGGAGGCCACGGAGUCAGUGGUGGUGCUGGAGGCGGAGUCAGUGGUGGCGCUGGUGUUGGAGGUGGAGUUGGUGGAGGCCACGGGGUCGGUGGUGGUGCUGGUGGAGGCCAUGGAGUCGGAGGUGGUGUAGGAGGAGGAGUUGGAGUUGGUGUUGGUGUCGGUGGUGGAGCCGGAGGUGGCGUUGGUGGAGGCCACGGAGUCAGUGGUGGUGGAGGUUUUGGAGGAGGAGUUGGUGGAGGCCAUGGAGGUGGUGGAGCCGGUGGUGGUGUAGGAGGAGGAUUUGGUGGUGGAAUUGGAGGAGGAGUUGGAGGUGGUGCUGGUGGAAGAGACUAAAUAAUUUAAAAUCCAUAAUAAGAAAAUCUUAUGUUGCCAUAUUAUUCAUGGAUGUAGCAUGCAAAUAUGGUUUAAAUAAUAUUAAUUAAAUAAAAUUUCAAGUUUUAUGAUGCUCAUCAAUGCAUGUACGUAUAGUCAAAUUAAUAUGAUCAGUGAAAUAAGUCUUAGUUUUAUUAA